AUGGAUCGACCUCCGCGUCGCGAGGUAGAAGUCACUGGUUUCGCCAACAGCGAUCUGUCGCGUGGCCGUGCCAAUGGUGUGGCGGUACCAGAUGUGGACAUCGUAAUCCAGGUUCGCCCCGACAGUGUGGCUUCCAAGCUGCCCUCGAAGGGCGUGGCCGAACCGCGGAUGCUGCAGAAAUGGGCGCUUCGCAUUUGUGCCGAUCGCCUCGUUUCCGGGGGUUUCAAGUUCCGGCGCUCUGGCUUCCGCGGGAAUGAGCCGAAGAUGACGUUGUUGGUGCCCUCUGAGCUCAAGAUUUUUGACACCGCGGUGCCCAUAGACAUCUCGGUGAACGCCGUGACGCCGCUGCACAGCGCGGCGUUGAUCUCGGAGUGCAGCAACUUGAACCCACAGAGCAAGGAGCUGAUCCUGUUGAUCCGCCGCUGGGCAAAAGAUCGCGGUAUUUGCCACGCACCCAAGGGACACUUGUCGCCCUACGUGUGGAGCUUGUUGGUGGUGUACUACCUGCAAGUCGCCCAAAAGGAACCCCUGUUGCCUCCUGUGGCGGAAUUUCAGGCCAUCAAGGAUCUCCUCCUGGCCGGUUGUGGUAAAACUGCUCAACCAUGGCGCGGCAAGGCCAGCGAGCUCACGGCCGCCGAGCUCCUCAAGGGCUUCAUGCAGUUCUACAACAGCUUUCCGUGGAAGUCAGAGGCGGUCUGUGUGCUGAAGGGUACCCAGGGUCCCAUGCCUCUCUCGUUGCCAAUUCACAUCAUCGAGCACGAGGACGGACCGAAGAGCACCGAGUGCGGACCGAACAUCGAAGAUCCCUUCGCCCCGAAGAAGAACUUGGGUAGCGGUAUGACCUGGUGGAGUUGGCUCCGCAUGAAGGAGGAACUGGCAAGGGCCCACACCUUGCUAGAGCAAGACACGUCGCUGUCCACGCUUCUUGCGCCCUGGUCGCCGGAAGGCCCCGAAGAGGCGUCCCGCAACUGA